AUGCCGAGCAUCUUAUCCCGAUUCAAACGAUCUCCCUCCACUUCCUCAACCACAUCCGAAGGUGAACUCAUCGCCGACAAGCUCAGCGGGUCAGAGGACGACCAACACCCAACUUCAUCUCGUAAUCGCAGCAUCAGCAAUAGCGGAUCACCUGGCGCAGGUGCAAGCGGUAGUCUCUUUGUAGAGAACUUUGACAAUACUUCAACCAGUGGAGGUUCACCGAUCAAAAGGCAUAUCACACCUAGUCCAAGGAACAAACCUUCUCCACUCGCCGUACCACCAAGCAGUAAUAGUAAGAAUCGUCAACCGCUAGGUACACCGAAACUGGUGUUAACUGAAGAAGGAUCCAAUUCACCCAGAAGUUUCAGUAGUUCACCGGUGGUAACCAGUCCGACAUCAAUACAUUCGAGGAAUCGUCCGAAUCCAGGUUUAGGGCUGAGUGACACCUUCUCACAAGAUAUCUCAGAAGACGAUUUAGAGACACCAACAGCAUACGACAGUUCAUUCACUGGCUUUUCUAAAAUGUCUGUACCAUCCAUUGCACCGCCCGUCGACUCUUCCCCAAGGGCAAGAUCGGAGUCGAUCAUAUCUUCCAACGGUGGAGGAGGUAGAUCUCGUACGGGAUCGAUACUAUCCAAGAAUAAAGAUAUGAUCUCACCACCCUUAUCCCCUAAUGCACUACAACCCGUUGAUUCUCGCCAGACCAGCGCGAGUAAGAAAUCCAUCACCUCAAAGAAGAAGAAAAGGACCAAAUCCAUCACCUCCAAUUCAGGUAUUGCAGCAGCAUUGGCAAAAGGUGGUUUACACCUUGCUCAUCCUGGAUCUGGAACUGCUCUGACGCCCGAAGAAAGCGGUACAAAGAAAUCCAAGAGAGGUUCCCUGCUGCACAAGAGGAGUCCAUUCUUGACUACCAAAAGGGACGAUGGUGAUAUGGAUGAUGAUGCAAGUAAUGGUAACACAGAUGAUUAUGAUGGUGAAGAAGGUGGCUUCGACGUGGAUGAAUUCGAUGAUGAUGAUGACUCGGAUAGUGAUCUGGAUGAUGAUUUACCAGUCACUGGAUUUGCAGUGGCAAGUAAUAGGAGAAAUGCAGAUUUUCAUACUUUGUUCCCAUCGAUUGAUGAAGGUGAUUAUUUGAUUGAGGAUUACGGCUGUGCGUUAUCAAAGGAUAUUCUGUUACAAGGAAGGCUAUACGUAUCGGAGAAUCAUCUAUGCUUUCAUGCCAACAUCCUAGGCUGGGUAACCGAUGUCGUCGUGGCAUUCGCGGACAUCCGGACAAUCGAAAAGAAGAUGACCGCAUUGGUCAUCCCUAAUGCUAUUCAAGUAUCUACAGGUAACGCAAAGUACACAUUUGCCUCUCUCAUCGCUAGAGAUUCGACAUACGACGUGAUGAUGAAUAUCUGGCGACUAUGUAAUCCCAAUGCAGUCAUGUCUAGUGUAUCUCUAGCCAAUACGAACAAUUUAGGUUCAAGACCUGGUUCAGUUGUUGGAGACGAAGAUGGUCCUGCGACCGGUGGUAGUGGAGCGGGAGGAGGGACAACAUCAAAAGGACAUGCGCCCACACAAUGUGCAUGUGGUAAAGAGGGAAAACAUUACAACGAGACUGCUUUGGAAACGACUUUCCCCUCUACACCGGAGAAGAUAUACGAGUUGAUGUUCAAUAGUGCAUGGUUCAAGAAUUUCCUGAGUGACAACCAGAAGUUGAGAGAUAUCGAAUGCUCUGAAUGGCGUCCUAUCUCACCAUCCAACUCCCUCCUCACUCGCUCCGCUUCAUAUAUCAAACCACUUAACGGAUCGAUAGGACCGAAGCAGACCAAAUGUCAUAUCACGGAUGAACAUGAACAUUUAGAUUUCGACGAUUACAUAUCCCUCAUCACUACUACCAAGACGCCCGAUGUACCUUCAGGAGGAGUGUUCAGCGUAAAGACGAGGACGUGUUUGAUGUGGGCAGGUAGAAACAGCACGAAAGUCGUAGUGACUACUACUGUUGAAUGGACGGGGAAGAGUUGGGUGAAGGGCAUCAUCGAGAAAUCAGCUAUCGAAGGUCAAAAGACCUACCACGACGACCUCGAAACGGGUAUGCGACAGUAUAUCAAAGAGAACUCUAGCGAGUUUGCAGUAGAGGGAGGCGCAGGGGAUGAAGAGAUUGAAGAGACCAAUGCAGAGGGACAAGAAUCCAAAGAAAAUCAAAAGGAAACUGAAGCUUCUGCUUAUGCUAAUGAGAAUAAGAGAAAGAGGAAAGAAGAGGAUAUGGGAAUGUUACAAUCUGGAUUUGAUUCUUUAAUCUCAGGUAUCAAAUCGAUCUUCAGUGGUAUAAAAGGUAUAGGAGAAAGUUUAGAAGACUUGUUGUCGGAUACCCCAUUCAAAGUGCAGAAUCUGAUGGGGAUGUUGAUUGUUUUAUUGGUCAUUUCGAAUAUAUGGACUUAUCUUUCCAUCGAUAGAAGUGCGAUCAAAGAAAGGAGAUAUAAGAAAUUAGGUGGAUCAGGAUCAGGAUCAGGUGCAGGAGAUAAGGAUAGAGAUAUUGAGGAUGUGGUUAGAAGAGUUUUGGAAGGUAGAAGGGAGAUUGGAUCACCGAAAGAGGAAGUAAAAGAGUUGAUAAGGGUUUUAGAUGAUGUAGAAAUUAGGGUGAACAAGUUGAGGGAGAAUGUCGAGAAUGUUAAAUUGGAUGAUGUAGAUUAG